UCCCUGUCCCCUCCCCGCCCCAGGAUGGACCGCAUGGCCGAGGACGCGCUGCGCCUGAACCUGCUCAAGCGCGGCCUGGACCCGGCCGAGGAGCGCGAGGACGUGCUGGCCAAGCGGCUCAAGAUGGAGGGGCACGAGGCCAUGGAGCGGCUGAAGAUGCUGGCGCUGCUCAAGCGCAAGGACCUGGCGGGGCUGGAGGUGCCCCACGAGCUGCCCGUGAAGCCGGACGCCAUCAAGGGCUACGAGGAGAAGCUCAACGGGAGCCUGCGGCCCCACGGCGACGGGCGCGGCGCGGCGCGGCCCGGCAAGGAGAACAUCAACGACGAGCCCGUGGACAUGAGCGCCAGGAGGAGUGACCAGGACCGGGGCCGCCUGACCCCUUCCCCCGACAUCAUCGUGCUGUCGGACAACGAGGCCUCCAGCCCCCGCUCCAGCUCCCGCAUGGAGGAGCGGCUCAAGGCGGCCAACCUGGAGAUGUUCAAGGGGAAGAGCCUGGAGGAGAGGCAGCAGCUGAUCAAGCAGCUGCGGGACGAGCUGCGGCUGGAGGAGGCGCGGCUGGUGCUGCUCAAGAAGCUGCGGCAGAGCCAGCUGCAGAAGGAGAACGUGGUGCAGAAGACCCCCGUGGUGCAGAACGCCGCCUCCAUUGUGCAGCCGUCCCCCGCCCACGUGGGACAGCAGGGCCUGUCCAAAAUCCCCUCCCGGCCCGGGGCCCAGGGCGUGGAGCCGCAGAAUUUAAGGACAUUACAGGGUCACAGCGUGAUCCGCUCGGCCGCCAGCUCGGCGCUGCCGCACAUGGGGGGGGUUCAAACCCAUUCAGGGGGGGAUUUCGGGGGGAUUCUGGGCAGUUCAAACCCAUUCCAGGGAUUCAAACCCAUUCCAGGGAGUUUCCAGCUGGAAUUGGGGGUGGUGCAGAGCGUCAUCGACAGCCAAGGGAAGAGCGUGCCGGCGGCGGCGCGCGUGGAGCCCUUCGUGUGCGCGCAGUGCCGCACGGAUUUCACUCCAGAUUUCCCAGUUUGACCCCAGUUUUUGGUGUUUCCAUUGGGAAUAUCCCAGUUUGAGCCCAGCCCUGGCUGACCCAGGCUGUGUUUGACUCCAGGGAAGAGCGUGCCGGCGGCGGCGCGCGUGGAGCCCUUCGUGUGCGCGCAGUGCCGCACGGAUUUCACUCCAGAUUUCCCAGUUUGACCCCAGUUUUUGGUGUUUCCAUUGGGAAUAUCCCAGUUUGAGCCCAGCCCUGGCUGACCCAGGCUGUGUUUGACUCCAGGGAAGAGCGUGCCGGCGGCGGCGCGCGUGGAGCCCUUCGUGUGCGCGCAGUGCCGCACGGAUUUCACUCCAGAUUUCCCAGUUUGACCCCAGUUUUUGGUGUUUCCAUUGGGAAUAUCCCAGUUUGAGCCCAGCCCUGGCUGACCCAGGCUGUGUUUGACUCCAGGGAAGAGCGUGCCGGCGGCGGCGCGCGUGGAGCCCUUCGUGUGCGCGCAGUGCCGCACGGAUUUCACUCCAGAUUUCCCAGUUUGACCCCAGUUUUUGGUGUUUCCAUUGGGAAUAUCCCAGUUUGAGCCCAGCCCUGGCUGACCCAGGCUGUGUUUGACUCCAGGGAAGAGCGUGCCGGCGGCGGCGCGCGUGGAGCCCUUCGUGUGCGCGCAGUGCCGCACGGAUUUCACUCCAGAUUUCCCAGUUUGACCCCAGUUUUUGGUGUUUCCAUUGGGAAUAUCCCAGUUUGAGCCCAGCCCUGGCUGA